GAGAUACGAAGGAGAUUUGGGAAGAUGAUUCUCUAGAGCAAAAGAAAACUGAAUAUGUGAGAACAAAUAUUUCUGAGAACUACGCAGAAAUAGUAUCACUGAAGGAAAGAACUGAAACCUUGGAGGGUCAACUAGCUGCACUUGAAGAGCAAUGCAGAAGAGAAAAAACCGAAAAAGAAGAGUUAAGUGGGCAGAUAACAAACUUGAAUCUCAAGCUGUCUGCUUCUGAAGAAAGGGCUUCACACUUAAGCGAAGAACUUCGUCAAUGUCGAGCUGACUAUCAGGAGAUUGUUUCUGAAUUGAACAAACAGAAAACUAUAAACAGGGAACAAGAAGAAAAAAAUAUUCAGCUAAAUAAUGAAGUAGAAGGUGCCAAACAAAAUAUAAUUGAUAAAGUGUCACAAAUUAAAGCAAUGCAGUCCAAAGUAGAUGAGUUGUAUAAAUGUCACUUAGAGUCUUAUGCUAUGGAUAUUGAUUUAGUUAAUGUAGAGGAUUCCUUAGACUCUCAAAAAGAUGAACCAGAGAGCGCUCAUAUGAGUCCUGUAUGCGUGCAGUCCCAAACUGCUUCUACAGCAUAUCUGAGACAGGAGAGCUCCUUUCACUGCAGUAUUGAAAGUAUUUGGGAAGAAUGCAAAAAUACUAUUAAGGCUUCUUCACAAAAAAGCCAGCAGAUUCAAGAACUACGUCAACAAGUUGAAAACUUAAAGAAGAGACUUGAUGAUGCUGAGAAUUAUAACAGUCAACUAAAAAUGAAAUUAAAUGAGAGUGCGAAUCAAGAUCAUCAGUCCAUAAAGGACAAAGACCUUAUGAAUCAGUUACAAGAGCAAAUCCAGAAGAAAACCCAGGAUUUUGAAAAACGGGCUGCAGAAGAUCACAGAGUAAUUGCACAAUUUGAGGAGGAAGUUACCACCUACCAGCAAAAAAUAAGAGAGCUUGAAGGCCUCUUGGAGCAUUUUAGAGCUAAAGAUGACAGCAUAACAAAGUUAGAAGAAGCAGUUAAAGAAAAAGAAUCUAUUGUUUUAAAUCUAGAAAGUAAUAUGGCAGCUCUGCAAGAGAAAUGCGCUAAUUCAGACAGAAAACUGAAAGAAUUAAAUGAUCAAGAAGCAAAUCUGAAGGAGGAAGUGGUGCAGUUGAUGAACAGCCUGGAGGAUAUGAAAAACUCUCUUCAGGAAAAGGAGAAAAAUGAGGAUGAGCAAAGAAAAUCUAUAGAAUUGCUACGUAAACAUCUUUCUGAGACCUCUGCCAUUGUAAAGAGUUUGAAAAAAGAUUUGCAGAGGAAAGAGGAAGAACAUUCAGUUUUGAAAGAGAAACUUUCUGAUGCCAAGAAACAAUUUCAGCAAGUGGAAAAAGAGGUGUGUGUAAUGAAAUCUCAGGAGAAAUAUCUGAGGAACAAAGUUAAUGAACUUCACAAAAUUAAAAACAAGUUGGGUGAAGAAUUAGAGAUCCAACAGUGCACAAUCCUGCAACUUAAAAAGCAGUUUAAUAAUGACAAGCUGGAAGAAAUCUCCAAACAGUAUGAGGAAGCACGUAAAGAUCUGUGUGCAAAGGAAAAAAUAAUUGAAGAUAUGCGGAUGACACUAGAAGAACAAGAGAAGACUCAGACUGAACAAGACCAAGUGCUUGAAGCUAAAUUAGAAGAGAUCAACAGAUUAGUUUUGGGUAAUCUCUUAAUGGAAAUGGAGCAGGGAGGCAAAAUUGUUUUGGAUGCAAAUGAGGCAAAGUAUCAAACUGAUAGAAAGAAGUGGCUGGAGGAAAAAAUGAGACUCAUAAGUCAAGUAAAAGAAGCUGAAAGCCAUCACAACAGAGAAAUGAGAAAAUUGGCAGAGGACAGGGAACGUCAUGUAGAGCAACAAUCAGAAAUUGAAAGACUUGCUGCACAGCUGGUAGAAAAGGACAGCAACCUUCAAAAGUGGCGUGAAGAAAGAGAUAAAUUAGUAGAAGCUUUGGAAGUACAGCUCAAGACUUUGGCUUCUAGCAGCAUACAAAAAGAUAAAGAAAUAGCAGAACUGAAACAGGCUGCACUUAAGGAUUUGGGAAAGGAUAAAGAAACUGAUGUAGAAGAACUAAGAAAACAGCUGGCUGAGAAAGAUGACUUUAUAAAGGAAUUGAAACAACGCAUUAACCAUGCAAGUCUUCAGUCUUUGGCAGAAGUACCUUUACCUGAAGGAGAAGAUAAGACAGAACAGUCUAUAAACAAGGAGGACCAUUCAGAAAUUGUCCUUGACUCUUCUGAAGUGUCCACAGAAAAUGGAAAAACUAGUUGUUUCCCAAAACCAGAGAUGGAAAUCCAGUUCACACCUCUGCAACCCAAUAAGAUGGAGGUGAAGCACCAGGGCAGCACCUUACCAGUUACAGUUAAAAAGCUCAGGCCAAGAAAGAAAAGGAAGUGUGAAGAGAUGGAUGAG